UCAAAUUUAGAACCAAACAAAAUGGCUGAGCACGACGGCUACUGCUACUAGUGAUUGUUGUUUACUUCAUAGAGAGCAUGUAAUACUGACUGAUUGUUUCAAGUGGUAAUUUCAUAGGAAGAAUAUCGCUAACUGUUUAAACAAACACAUGUCUAACCAUGACUAGUUUAAUAGAUAAGAUUGAAAAAUUAAUCAAAAGGGAAAAAACCACUCCAGAAAGAAAAAAAGAAGAUUGCACGAAGUCAUCGAGUGAGAUUCUUUCUGAACUUUUCAGUGCUUUCAAUGCUGAUCCACCUAAAAUAGAAGACGUUUCUGCAAAGAAACCAAAGAAAAGUAAAAAGAAACAUAAAAAAGAAAAGAAAAAACGAAGAAGUAGCAGCAGUAGCAGUGAUUCUGAUAGUUCCUAUUCUCACAAACAUAAGAAGCGAAAAAAGAGUAAGUCUAAGAAACACAAAGAUAGCGAACGUUCACCUUUGCGGCGUCGGUCGAGAAGCCCUAUAAAGAUAAAGCACGAUCCUGAGUUCUUAGUCAAACUUGAAAAGUUUGGUAGAACUGAAGAUUUUAAGCUUAAAGAUGAGCACAUCAAGCCCGAGAUCAAAGAAGAAAAGGUUAAACAGGAACCGAAGGAAGUUAAGAAAACUAUCAUUAAGUUUGAAGAAUCAAAUAGUGUUAAUAUGAUAGAUACUAGUCUCAUUCCAAUGCCAGAGUCCCCCAGAGAAAAUUUGGAUCUAAGCGAUUUGAGGAUGAAGUUAGAAAAUAAAAGAAAUGAUUUAAAUGCUGAUAAUGAUAAAACUAAGGGUAAGAUUCAAAUAAAGAACUUGAAAUUCAGUACAGUGUUUGAGGAAACUGUGAAGAAGGCUGAAGAGGAAGCAAGGAAGAAAAAGGAGAAGUUUGAGGAGGGAGAAUACUCAGACUCAUCUAGUAGCUCUGCCACCGAUGUUGUUUCAAACUUCCCCAAGACAUCUGAUCCUGGAGGAAUAUUAAAAAAACAAGCUGCAGAAGAAAAUAAAUUGUCUGAAGAAGAAAAACCUACAGUAAAGAAGAGCAAACAUUCAGAGAGCUCUCAUAAGUCGUCUAGAAAAGACAGGAGUCGCUCUCAUAGAAGGUCAUCAAGCAGAUCGAGACGAUCUCGAUCCCGGUCAGCGUCCCGCAAACAUCACCGCUCCAGCUCUAAGUCGCGGCGCAGGAGCAGAUCGCGACAUGGAUCGCGAUCCAGGCGCUCUCGGUCCCGUUCCCGGGUGAGGUCGCGGCAUCACUCCCCGAGGCAUAGAGGCAGGAGGUCUAGGUCACCAACGGGCGUGAGGCUGGCGGACAGCGAGAAGAAGCGUCUGCUGGAGGUGGCGCGGCGGAACGCCAUCAACAUGCUGAAGAACGGCGCCGUGCCCGCCGGCGCCGCCGCGCUGCCGCCGCACACCCGCAGCCAGGUCAUGGCCGCCAUACAGUCCGGGGGCAAAUCAGUAGACGAACUGACAGACUUCUGCAAGCAUUUAUCCAAGAAGGAGGCACUGGGCGAACUAUCUUCUGUUUCUUCCAACGAUGAGGACAUGAGUGAGAACGAAGAUACCCUCGCCUUCCAUCAUCCCUUCCUUGUAAAGGAAAAGGCGCCCAUUGUUAUGAACAUCAGAGGCGGUGCCCCGCUGCCAAUCAAGACCAGCAGCUUGCCGACGGCCAACAAGGAGGAGCUGCGACUGCAGUUCCCGGUGUCCUCUGGCUCACAACAUCGGGAGAAGGCCUCCGAGUGGGUGCCCGUCUCCCCACCCAGGAAGGAUAUGCAAGUCGCCAAGCUGAAUUCGAAUCCUAAGCCUGCAAAGCCGACCCCUGCAAUAGAACCUGCAAAGACCAGUUCGGCGCCUCUGGCGUUGCCGGCGCCGCCAGUCACCACCGCACCUUAUUUGAAGGGCUUUACCACCGGAGCGCAGUUAACGUCGGUGACCACACCAGCGCCGCCGCCGCUGCCGGCGCCGGGCCCGCAGGCCUACCCGCCGGGAAUUGAACCACCGAAAAUUGAUGUAGCGUCUAUAGUAUCACAAAAGAUAGCCAUGAUUCGUCGAGAACAAGAAAGGAAUGAGCUGACUUCUAAUUGUGGAUUCGGAUGGCGGGCGGGACAGUUCACGGGCUCCACGGGCGCGCACAUCCUCACGCCGCGGGAGCUCGCCAGCGGCGCGCAGGCCUGGGCCAAGAAGGAUCAAUUGGUGAGAGCAGCUCCCGUAGAAGGGGGCAUGGGGAUGCAACUUCUACAGAAAAUGGGUUGGACCCCGGGUCAAGGGCUGGGUAAAGAAGGUACCGGGACCCUCCAACCUUUGCUCCUCGAAGUCAAGUUAGACACAAGAGGGUUGCAAUCGAAGGAGGAGGUCAGUAGCAGACAAAACAAAGGAAUGAAACCGAACCGGCAAGGGCGCCGCGGCACGGCCCCGGUGGUAGCCGGCGGGAAGCAUCCGGUAUCAUUGUUGGGCGAAUAUUGUUCCAAGCAGAAACUAGGACCUCCUGAGUACAACCUUUGCUUCGAAUGUGGCCCAGAUCACAAGAAGAAUUUCUUAUUCAAGGUAAAAGUAGCGGGCGUAGAAUACCAACCAGCAGUAGCGAGCGCCAACAAGAAACAAGCGAAAGCCGAUGCCGCACAGUUAGCCUUGCAGAAAAUAGGCGUUCUCAAACCGUAGUGAUAAUGCGUUGUAAUGGCAACUGACCUUGUUAUACUGUUUAAAGUAAAUAAAUGUAUCUACAAUAUUA